GCUCGCUGAGGGGUGGGGGCUUUCUGCUUGGGGCAGAGCUCUGCGGCGUGCCCUCAGCCCGUGCCUCCCCUCCCCGCGGCCUUGCUCUGCUCGUCCAGGAGCGUCGUUCCCGUGCAGGGGUCUGUAAAGCGGGGAGGAGCGGGCAGCGCGUCUCAGAGAGCGCUUGUCUCGGUCUCGUGUCCCCGCUGCGGCCUCCUGGGGCUGGCGGGUCUGGAACUUGCCCAGAGCCCGAAGUUCAAGAGAGCAGGAGAGUGCCAGGCUUCCGUGUGUUUGUGUGUUGUCUUCUCCACCAGUGAGCUCCAGCCACGUGUAGUUUGAGGGUAAUGACUUGUUCUGCACUUUAGGAUGCAUACCACACAUAGCCAUCGUGAACAGGCCAUCGUGAACAAUUCAUAAAAUGGAUACUUUGGGCAGUCUGCUUCCUCCCGGGGUUGGAAAUGAUGAUGUGGCUAAUUCACAGGAAUUACAGAAGCUUCUGAUUGAUGAAAAGAUGCGAUGUGAACACCAUAAAGCAAAUUAUCAAACUAUAAAGGCAGAACAUAUAAGGUUACAGGAAGAGUAUACGAAAUCACAAGAUGAACUGAAGCGCUUGCUAGUUGAAAAGCAGACUGUCCAUGACAAGUUCCAGCUUCUUCUCGCAGAAUACAGAGAGGAGUUGCUGGGUAAAACACAGGAGUUGGAAAAACUGAAGAUGCAGGUGCUGACUCCUCAAAAAUUAGAGCUGCUAAAAGCACAAAUACAGCAGGAAUUGGAAUCUCCAAUGACAGAACGUUAUCGGAAACUAGAAAAUGAAGUGGAAAAAUACAGAACAGAAUACAAUAAACUUCGUUAUGAACAUACUUUCCUGAAAUCAGAAUUUGAACAUCAAAGAGAAGAACAUGAACAUAUUUUAGAGGAGGAGAAAAUAAAAUAUGAGGCAGAGAUUGCAAGGCUGGAGAAAGAUAAAGAAGAACUCCGUAAUCAGCUGGUUAGUGUUGAUCCCAUGAGGGACAGUAAACGUGUGGAGGUCCUCUCCAGAGAAAAGGCACAACUGUAUCAGAAAUUAAAAGGCUUAGAAGCAGAAGUAGCAGAACUAAGAGCGGAAAGAGACAACUGCGGUGCACAAGCAGAAAAUGUGCAAAGAGUGCAAGUACGACAGUUAGCUGAGAUGCAGAGUCUGGCAAGGUCUCUAGAGGCAGAAAAGAAGUCAGCUGAACAACACAUUGGUCGGAUUGAGAAAGAGCUGCAGAUGUGUCAUGAGCAGAACUUUCUUAUAACUAGCAAACUUCACAAAUCUGAACAAGAAGUCAGUUCCUUGGCUGCUAAAGUAGAAGAACUUAAACAGUCACACAAAUUAGAAGUAACAAAUGUCAAACUGGAGGCAGCAAGAACUAAGAAUGAAGUAGAAAGAGAGAGAAACAAGAUUCAGAGUGAAAUGGAUGGAUUGCUGUCAGACAAAGAAGUUCUUAAGGAAGCUGUGGAGCGUCAUAAAGCGCUUUUAGUAGAAAAGGACCAAGAGCUGGUUCGUAAAGUGCAAGCUGCCAAAGAGGAAGUUUUUGGAAAAAUCGCAGCCUUACAGGAUGAAAAGUUAGAACUCGAGAACAGGUUAGCUCACCUAGAGAAGAUGAAGUUGGAGCAGGACGCUUGGAGACAAACUGAGAAGGAUCAGUACGAAGAGAAGCUACGUGUUGUGCAGCUGGCAGAAGAGUCUAGCAAAAGGGAACUUCAGUGUCUGCGAUUAAAAAUUCAACAGCAAGCUAUUCAGACAGAGGAGCUAGAAGAGAAGAAACGUGAAAGAGACGAUCUAAAACAGCAAAUUCAAGACAUGCAACUCCAAGUUGCUUCACUUUCUCAAUCAGAAAAUGAUUUGCUGGAAUAUAAUCAGAAGUUGAAGGAAACAAUAGAAAGAUUGAGGCAAGAAUGUCAGAAUGCAAGAACUCAAGCAGAAAAAGCCCAACUGGAAACAGAGAAGACUUUAGAAUACAAGCGCAUAGAGUGGCUGGAGGAGAAGCAUAUGCUUACUCAGCGCAUCACAGAGAAGGAAGAGAAAUACAACGAGGUGAAGAACAAGCUCUGUCGAGCUGCAGUUGCUCAAAAAAAGAGAAAGACUCUCAAUGAUAAUAAACAAAGGAGGAUGCAAGAGAAACUACAGCUUUUGGAAGCCAAGAUAGAAGAACUAGAAAAAGAAAACCAGGUGUUAAAUAGGCAGAAUGUUUCCUAUGAAGAAUACGCACGUCUCCAGAAGAGACUGAAGGACUUGCAGCGCAGACACAACGAAUUCCGGAGCUUGAUUUUGAAUCCUGGCAUUCCAUCCCUGAACCCAGGCAGCGGAACGUCACCGUCUGUGCCGCCUCCCGGGCCCGAGGUGCCCUUCCUCCUCCUUCAGGAGGAACAGCAUCAAAGAGAGCUCUCCCUGCUUCGCAAGCGGCUGGAAGAUCUCGAAACCACGCAGAGAAAGCAGCUGCAGGAGCUUGGGCCGGCCGGAGAGCGGCUCCCAGCGGGAGCACGCAGGGAGCUGGCACCCAGCAAGAGAGCGGAGGGGGACGCUGCGCAGAGUGAGGGCUCCAUAUAAAAGGUGCCAACUGCAGGUACUGCUUUCGGUAGCUUCUCCUUGAUACGUGCUCUUCGUAUCCUCCGAAACAUGACUGUGUGUGCCUGAGACGCGUGAAAUAUAUUCUGCGUAGUUUGGUAUUUAUUUCUGAUAGACUGCCAUCCGUUAGCAAACAGAAUGGUUUCUAAAUGAAAGCAUUGUAAGAGAACUGCAUUUUGAAAACACCUUUGUAUAAAUGGUACACAAACAUUUGGAAGUCAAGACAUGAAAUAAUCUUGUCACACCAAAACAAUACUUACCGAGUUUUGUGUUAUGCUGAAAUUUCGACAUUUGAAAUAUAUUUUCUUGGGGAAAAAAAAAAAAAGCCAACAUUUUUCAUGGUAUUCCCUUACUUGCUCAAUGUAGAGCUUUGCGAGGGUGGAGCUCUGCAGAGUCGAGAUUUGGAUUGUAAACCGGCUGCUGUAAUCCACACCUGGGGUUGUUACUCUGAAGCUCCCGUGCGGACAGACAGGGUGAAAUGAUGCUCCAGAUUUUCCUCCGUUGCUCUUGUCAAUGUGCCUCUUGCAGUUUUGGAACAGGAAGAAGCAAUGAUCAGGUUUUUUACAAUAAUGUAGUAAAGAUGAAGCGUAACAAAUGGCCUUCACGUGACAAAAACAGAAGUUUGUAUUUGUGGCUGCUGUAACUUGUUUCGUCAGCUACAAUAAAAUCUAUUUAUUUAAG